UUGUGCUCGAGCUUGCCGAGAGUCGAUGGUGAUGUCUUCGUGGAUCAAUUGAACUCUCAACAAACUCCAAAUCCCAGUUCUAGGGUGGUCAAUCCAACCAGCUAUGGCUUCUCUCAGAUCCUCCUCGACUGCUGCUGCCCGGCUCCUCCGGAGCGCGUCGUGGCAGCAAACACGAGCCGUCGUCGCUGGCCGCAGACACGAAAGCUCACUCGUCCGCUCAGAGAAAUCAGGCCCCGCGCUCCCCGACACCGACGCCAAACCGGCAAACCAGCCCGACUACCAGUCGGCCUUCGACAAGGCUACCUCAACCUUCAGCCCUGUGCCCAAGCGUGUGCUUGAUGGCAGCGAGCCGACCGAGGCUCUUCCUGCGGCAGUUCUCUCGGGUGCUCCCAUGGAGCUCCAGGCCCGGACAGUCCGCAUCUACCGUCCCUCGAAGCCAGCUACGCAGUCUGGCACGCACGGAUUGCGCCAGUGGCGUAUGGAUUGGGAUGUCUUGGGCAAAGGUCACCGCUGGGAGAACCCGCUGAUGGGCUGGCAGUCAUCAGGCGACUUCAUGCAGGGCUCGCACAUAUACUUCAAGAGUAAGGAGGAAGCCAUCGCGUUUGCCGAGAAGCAGGGCUACGAGUAUUUUGUGCAGGAGCCCAACGAGCGCAAAAUCACACCCAAGGCCUACGCCAACAACUUCUUGUACAGCGACAAGAAGUUGAAGCACAUUAGGACCAAAUAGAUGGGGCAACUUGAGUUCUGUUGGGAUUAGUUAUAGAAUCAGUGAGGCAGCCGGCUUUUUGGACUCUACGGGCGUUCAGAACUUUUCCUGGAUUGUAAAUACAAUGUCUUGUGAUAAAAAAAACAGUCGACAAAAUCGAAUUGGCUAUGAUGA